AUGGAUUCGAAACCCAAGCGACGUAGCACAAUUUCCGUGCAAUCAACUGCCCCUUCUACCUUGCGACAGUCCUUCGAGCCCUCUUCCUCUGUGCCUGCCCCUGCUCGCCGUACAGCAUUCCUGAGACACUACUCAAACAACAAAUCCGAACCCCCAAUUCCUGCAGCGCUUGCUCGUGUCAAGGGCACGUCCACUAUGAAUAGUCCGUCGCGAUUGGAUUCUGAAACGUCCUGGUUCAACGGCCAGUCUCCAUUAACUGGAACGCCUCGUGCCACACGAAGGAAACAUGGGUCCAGAUCAGGGACCCCGGAACCUGCUUCUACACCUUUAGUGAACCCUUCGUCUACGCUUUUACAAGACCUUUUAAGAGAGCAACGUGCGACUCGAGUUUCGCGGGGUCCGCCUCCUACAGAGGACUGUGCAGAGUACAUGCCUCGUACCCCCGAACGCUCGCAAACCCAGUCUCAGACCCAGACCCAGUCCCAGUCCCAGGAAGAUGCAGGUUCUGAAAGACAACGCAAGAUUAAUAGCGCAUUAUCGGCGGGCCUCAAGCAGCCACGAGAGAUGGGUUUCAGGGAGAUGGACCAAUACAUUUCCAAAAUUAACAAACAAAAUUUUGACCUGAAACUUGACAUCUUCCAUCGCGCGCAGCAGAUGGCCGUCUUGGAGAAAAGACUGGAACGUAUGCAGCAGCUGGAGGAAGACGUUCAGCGCAUGCGCGAUUUAGAAGAGGAACUGCAAGAGCUUCGUGAUGUGGAAGAGGACAAUCAGAGACUCCGCGAGUCCAAUGAGCAGCUCCGUCAAGAGAUCGAUAAGCGAGACCAGGCGGUCACAGAAGCCGUGGAAUUGAUCUGCCAACUUGAAGCGAGAUUGGAGGAGCUGGAGGCUGGUGCGAUUUCGUCCAGAGCCUCUACAGCUCGUCCUUCGUCCAGCAAUGGGCCAGACGCAGCCACACCUAAGAAUUGUGUCACUCCAGAUAUACCAGAGAGAUCUUCGUCUAAGAAGGGCACCUUGCUAGGGGACAAUAACCGAGUUUCUUCGGGAAGUCGUUCUCUCACAAGGGCCCCUUCAUUCCUCCGUGAAGAGCAGCCGAGCACCGCAGCUCUACGCAGUCUCUACGUUACCUCUGAACAUCCUUCACGAUCUGCAAGAAGCGCUAUGACGAAGACGGAGAGUAUGAACUCAAUGGCUGAAAUUACCGAACCAGAGUCACCCAGAUUGAGCGCUCUCAGUGAAUGUAGCGAGCUCAUGCCCUAUGACACUAUAAACGAGGCGCCUCUUUUCAACCAAGUCGACACUCCAGUCCACCAGGAAAAAUCAGUGGGGACAAGUGAGACUACCCCGAGGCCCAAGGGCGAAAUACAGGCAAGCGGUCACAUUCGCAGCUCUAGCUGGAAUCAGCCUCAAGGAGGCUGGCGACUACAUUAUCAAAGACGGCAUGUUCUCAAGCGCCCUCGCCAGAAGCUACGGCUGGAUGACGUCUUUGGAGGGUCAAAAUUACCUCCUACUCCAGACACAAUGAGUACGGCCUGUGCGUCGGGGACAAAUAGAUCGAAUGGCAGUAGCGCCAGGGAGAAGGUUCAGCCUUACCAGCAGUGCUCUGCCGCCCGAAAACUUGGCCGGCCACGGUCUGCGGGAGAGCUGACAACGAAGAGUUCCGAUCAUAGAGACUUGGAGAGAAUUGACCCUGCUCGGAGCGAUGUGACUCUGCCUCGUCUUAGUACUGAAGAGCGCGAACCGACCCCGGCUAUCUUUCCCUUGAACGGCAUCCCAACCAAGAGGAACUACGUGUUUGAUCCAGCUUCUCCAAAACCAAGUAUGCGUUAUUUCAGCGACGUUGAUGACGUGAUUUUCAACCCUGUGGGAAUUGAGAAAGUCAUAUCAAAGAUGGAGAAGAGCUACUACUCUCCGCCAGCCCCCAUAACUCAAAAGCCAAUAGCGGACGUCUCAUCUCUAUCACCCCCGUUGACUCCUCAAGACUGGGUCGAGGCGGCAAAGCCAGGUCCUCGCCCCACGAAGAAUAGGUCUCCAGACACAAAGACCUAUACCGGCCUUCCGCCGUCUAAAGCGACCGGGGCACGGGCUCCCAGCCAAUCCACGUUCCUAACUCGUAGGCAUAGUGUGGACUCGACUCUCCGAGACCCCGGAGUCCCAGAAAAAACAACGCUUCCUUUGCCUCCGUCAGACACAAAUACACAGCCUGUACUUCAAGAACGGGAACACCGACGACGGAUCAAUCUUCGGCCACCGUUCCUAGGCCGUCUGGCACAGCCUCGUCGUCUUGAGCCAUCCCCAAUAACUGAUUCAGAGGAUAGUGGGGAUGGUGCGCCCUCCCCUGUCAUUCGCAAAGCCAGGAUCGUGGAACCGCCAAAGACAGCCAAGACCGUUGAAACUAUGGAUGCUUCACAACGGGUUCACGGGGACCUCUACGGAUCGGCACCGACCUACGCUGCUGCGAAUAAUGCAAACAGCCCCAGCAGGACUCUUCCCCAUUCUUUCACAGAAUCGAACUUCUGGUCACACUCAUCAACUGCCAGACCAUCAACGUCCGCCAGCAAGGGUCAUAAGAGACGUAGCUCCCUUGGCAUCUUUGGCUUUGGCUGGAUGAAAAGUUCGAGCGGAAGCGGUUCUCAUCAUAAGAAAGCUGGAGCCGACUCGACGGUAACUACGCAGACCACCAGCAAGGAACGGCCGAUAGCCCGGUGGAAUCCUGACAGCUCCAAUACCUUACCCGAGGCAGCAAAGAGCGUCGGUGCAUAUGGAGCUUUUCAGGAUAUGUCAGCUUCCGUCAGACAUAUGGCUCAAAAGCAAGACGACGACGAUUCGACGCGUCGGCCGCGAUAUAUUGAGCGAAGAACCCGUCGACCUUGA